CCCCCAAGUUUGGGGCAGUUUAUUGAUUCAAAAGCCCUUGUCAGAAAACUCAGGAAGUCAGGAACACACACGUCCGUCAGAAUUGAUUUCACUUCGCUCCGUAUACACAGCCUUGGUUAGCCGUUACCGGCAUAUCAUCAUUUGAAAUCGAUUCCUUUUUCUGGGUUUAAUUCUCCCUACCACUCCAGAAACCCCCCAAAACUAGCAGUAUCUUCAAUGUUCACUCCUCAAUGGAAGACGCCGACAUCUUCGGUGCCUAGAACCAAUUCAAGAUACACCCAAAGCAUUUCAGCAAAAAACAAGGAUUUCGCUAUCUUCGAUGCUCCACCUAUGCCUCCACCCACGAAUUCGCUUGCCGCUUCGGAAAGUUCUGGAUUUGAUGACGGCAAUUUAGAGGAUUGGAAGAGGUUUAAGGAAGCGGGUUUGUUGGAUGAGUCUGCUAUUGAGAGGAAGGAUCGUCAGGCUUUGCUUGACAAGAUGUCUCGGCUUGAAAAAGAGCUUUUUGACUAUCAAUACAAUAUGGGCCUCUUACUUAUCGAGAAAAAGGAUUUAGUUUCAAAAGCUGAAAAUUUAGAGCAAGAAUAUUCAGAAGCUCAGGAGAUUGUUAAGCGUGAGAGGGUUGCUCAUAUGAUUGCUGUUUCCGAAGCUGAGAAGCGGGAGGAAAGUUUCAAGAAUGCUUUAAUUGCAGAAAGAAAGUGUGUCGUUGAUCUUGAGAGAGCUAUGCGUGAUAUACAUGAAGACCAUGCAAAAGCUAAAGCUACAUCUGAGACUACUGUGACUGAUUUGAAUGCCCACAUGGAUGAACUUCGUAAAAGAAAAUUGGACGUGGAGGAAAAAGCUUGUUCAGUUGAUGCCAAACUUGCUGAGCUAGAUAGACAGAAUUUUGAGUUAGACAGGAAGUUACAAGACUUGGAAGAUCGUGAGAACAUUCUUUAUAGGGAAAAAUUAUCAUUAACUCAAGAUCGAGAAUCACAUGAGUCAAAUUUUCGGAGGCGGAAGGAGGAUGUGCUUGAGUGGGAGAGGAGAUUACAAGAAGGCGAACAAAGGCUUUGUGAGAGUCGUAGAAUCCUUAAUGAGAGAGAGGAGAAGUUGCAUGCAAUUGAUGUCUCUAGCAAAGUAAAGGAGUCUAAAAUGGAGAAGUUACAAAUGGAGAUUGAUUUGGCUAAUGGAACUUUGAAGAAAGUAGAAGCUGAUGUUAAGAAUGAAUUAACGGAUUUGAAUCUGAAGGAGAAGAAAGUUGAAGCUAUGAAAUGCGAAUUGGAGGCAAGACAAAAAAAGGUGCAUGAACAGGAAAAAAAACUUGAUGCAAGGGAAAGAGUGGAGUUAGAGAAGCUUCUUAAUGAGCAUAAGGUUGUGCUCAACACAAAAAUGCAUGAAUUUGAGUCAGACAUCAAACAAAAAGGAACAGCUCUUGAAGAGGAACUAAAAAGCAGAUUGGAAGCAUUGGAUCAAAAGGAAGCAGAAAUCAAUCAUCUCGAGGCAAAGUUAAGUAAACGUGAACAGGCAGUGGAGAAGAAAUCAGAGAGGGUGAAAGAGAAAGAAAAGAACAUUGAAGCAAAUCAUAAAUUUAUGAAGGAGCAAGAGAAAUCUCUAAAAGCUGAAGAGAAACGACUGAAAAUGGAGAAGGAACAAAUUAAUGCCGAGAAAGAGAGUUUCGAGACUUUAAGUAGGGAAAUUGAUAUAUUAAGAAACAAUGUAAGGAAACAGGAAUUGCAUAUUGAGGAAGAGCUAAAAAGCCUGGAAGAUGCUGAAAAAGAAAGGACAGAGUAUAUUCGCUUGCAGUCAAAUCUAAAGCAGGAGAUAGACAGUGUGAGGCGUCAAACUGAGCUGAUAGAGAAGGAAGCUGCAGACUUGAAGCUUGAAAGGGUAAAGUUUGAGAAAGAUUGGGAAGCAUUGGAUGAGAAACGAGCUGUUGUGGAUAUUGAACUUAAGACACUAGCUGAAAACAAAGCCAAUUUUGAGAAGUUGCGUGACUCAGAAGAGGAGAGAUUGAAAAGGGAGAGAGCUGAUGAUGAGGAGCGCCUUCGUUUGGAAUCAGAGAGCAUCAUAUUACUGAAAGAAUCAUUUGAAGCUACCAUGGAAAAUGAGAAGUUAAUGUUGGCAGACAAGGAUAAUAAAGAGUACACUCUCAUGUGUGAAGAUUUUGAGAAGCAGAAACAAGAUCUAUAUAAUGAAAUGCACAAGAGACGGGAAGAAUGGGGCAAGCUAAUUGAAGAAAAGGAGAGAGCUUUCGAAGAAAGGCAGUUGAGGGAGAGAAGAGAUUUGAAACAGUUAAAAGAUGAUGCAGAGAAAAGGAGGGGAGAGAUGGAGCUUGAAAGACAUCGUUUGGAGAAGGAAAGGGAGGAAAUGGAGUUGAACAAGCAGCGGCUAGAAGAAACUGGUAUUGAUAUAUUUAAGGAUAUUGAGGUUCUUGAAAGCCUUAGUAAAAAGUUGAAGAAACAGAGAGAACAGUUGGUUUCUGAGAGGGAUAACUUUGGUGCUUUAAUUGAGAAGAUUAAAUGCUGCAACAACUGUGGGGAUUCUGCUAAAGCGUUUCUUUGUAGUGAUCUCCAGCUAGCAGCUGAGGAGGGGCCAUUAGAUUUCCGAAGUCUUUCUCGUGAUACCCAGAAUAAUGUUAAGGAUGAAGACGAUGCUUCAAGAGAUUUAAACAAAGGAAAAUCUAUCCUUCAUGAAGCUGAUAGGAAUCCUCCUCAACUAAGUGGGCAGAUGAGUGUGCUGCGGAAGUGUGCUUCGGUCAUCUUUAAUUUGUCUCCACAAUCUGCUGCAUACUCUCAGGCUGACGGAAAUGUGAGGGAGCAAACUUCUGCUUCGGAGAAUGUAAAUGUGAGGGCACAAUCAUCUGCUAUUGAUGAGCUGGGACUAACGCAUGAAAUAGGAAAAGAGGGCAUUUUAUUUGCUGAAUCUAAUGAUAAAGAAAACAACGUUGAUAAUUCUUUGCCAGUUGAGCCAAACUUUGACGAAGGCUCGCAAAAGUCUGAUGUAAAGAAUGGCCAACGUCAACCAGGAAAAAAGCGUGGGGCUGGAGUUUGGAGGACAUAUUCUGUCAAAGCUGUGGUGGAAGAUGCAGAGGCUUUUCUAAGGAAUGAAAAGCUGGAGGUGCAGCCAAAUGAUUCUACUAGUGGAAACCAAGAGAAAAACCUCAGUGAUGACAUCGCACCUAAUACCAAUGCCCGUAAGCGCCGUCUUUCUCAGGCCUCUAAGUUGACCGAAAGUGAGCAGGAUGUUGAUAAUAGUGAGGGAAAUGCUGAUAGUGUGACAACUGCGAAACGGAAGAAAAGGGGACAAGGAGUUGCUUCUGCAUUACCUACUCCUGGUCAAAAGCGAUACUAUCUUAGGCAUCAUGCAGUUCCAGUGACGGAACAUAAGGUUACCCGUAAACAACAGACUAAGAAAGCAGUGCAAAACCUCGAUGAAACACCUGUUCAGUCGUUGGAUGUUGAUGUUGAGAGCGACAGAAUGUUGCAUUUGGUUGAAAUUUCGAAUGCUAUAAGUAUCGAGUUCUCUGAUAAGGAUCAUGCGGCAGCUGAUGCUGAGAGAUCAGUAGAAAAUAGAUUAGUAAGUGCAGAAGUAAAGACAGCUGAAGAUACUAUGCCAAGGCCGAGCGAGAUCAAUGAAAUAUCGGAAAAUGUCGAGGAAGAUACCAGAAGCAUGGUCAACGAGAAUGAAGAUGAGGAUGAUUAUAGCGAGGUUGAGGAAGAUGAAAAUGAAGAUUAUCAUGAUCAUCCAGGUCAGGCGUCGAUAGGAAAGAAGUUGUGGAGAUUUUUGACUACAUGAAUCACUUGUGUUUUUUUACGUAGUCGAUUUCAAUCUUUUGAGAUUAAGGCUCUGGCAUUGCUUUGAUUUACUAUCAUUUGUUUGUUGUAGCUUGUAAUUACAGGCGAUUUAGUCGGAGACUUGCUUUAGUAAUGUUUUUGUUAUGAGUAACGAUUAUAAGUUUUUCUCAUAUACAUGUGAUAAACAUAAGUCGGAGUUAUGGUUGAUGCAAUAAAAAUAAAGAUUGUAAUUUAAUCAGCAAUGGUCGAAGACCUGCUAAUUUUUUAUUCAACUCGAAAUUUGAUGGAAAAUCGGUGGGCUAUAC